AAUCGUCCGUCCAUCCGUUGCGCAUGCGCAGUGUGGUUCACACAGUGUUAGAGCAUGUCAUGCAGCAGCAGCAGCUGCAGGUGAUUUACACUUCACUGAUUAUCCAGGAGCCUGCUAACUUCUCAUGGGAGGUCGCUGCAGGAGGAGAAGCCGUCGUGUUGUUCGCCAUGACUCUGAGGUCCACGCUGUUUCCACACACAGGCUUCAACCUCGACUUUGAGAAGACCACCACCAACACCACCAGCACCGGCACCAACACCUCCACCUCCACCCUGAGCCCUGUGAGCCUGAAGAGGGAGACCUGCGACUUCCUCAUAGAUGUGCACGACGUGCAAGGCGUGGGCGAGAUCCCGAGCAGAUCGAAGGACUUAGAGCAGAGUUACAUGACAAGCAAAGUUUCCCUCGCUGCCACCGUCGCAGAGCUAGUUCAAGGAGACAAUAAUAAACCAGCCGUGGGGGUUUUGUCCCCUGUCAGACAGAUGGGGGGUGAGGGAACCCCGGUGAAAGGUAAACCCCUCUCUGCUGACACCAUGGAUAACCCUCAGAUGGCCGUGAAGGACGCCGGCGCCGACGACAGCGUGAAGGGGCUCGUCCCGGGAGUCCUCGGCACCGCAUCCAUUGAGCUCUCCUCCGAGGGCAAGUGGAGGAACAUCAGGAAGACCCCCGCCAAUCCGCACACGCAGGCCAACUGCCUCCGGCAGAUCCUCCUCCUCCAACUGGACCUCAUUGAGCAACAGCAACAGCAGCUGCAGUCCAAGGACAAGGAGAUAGAUGAGCUCAAAGCGGACAAAGAGACGCUGCUGGCACGCAUUGAGCGGAUGGAGCGUCGCCUGCAGCUCACGAGGAAGGACCCGCCGCGUGACAAGCGUCUCUUCCAGCCCCUUGAGCCGUGGACCCCCGACAAGGAGGACAUGUGGGACCUGGAUGUAGAGGAGAGUACGCAAGCCAACCCGGCCACUCCGCUCCCCUUUAGUCGGGGUGGCAAAGGUCAAAAGAGGAAAUCUUGCUUUGGAGACCCGAAAAACCAGAAAUCACGGGGCAAGACCGCCAAGCUCAGCCCGCAGAAAUCCGACAUUCAGCCCGGCUCUCCCAAUCAAAGAGAGCUGCGCAGUAAGGAAACCCCCGAGAAGACCGUUCCCAUGAGGUCCGGGGCGGAAAGGGACAUUAUGCUCCCGUGCAAAGAGGAGCCCGAGCCUGGCUGUCAGAUCGAAGAUCUGCCCUUCAUGUCUACUACUGAGAUGUACCUCUGUUGCUGGAACCAACCUCCUCUCUCCCCUCUGCGUGAGACUUCCCCUAAAAAGGAGGAAGAGGUGGCCAGUGAGUGGACUCCUCAUGUAGUACAUGAUAUGCUGAUUGUUUUCCCGUCGUGGAGGGAAAAUCACAUAGAGCCCUUGGAUGAGGAGCCCUCCUUCAACCCCUCUGAGCCGCUGGACGACAGCGUGUUUCUGAAACGCCAUUCGAAGCUGGAGUUGGAUGAGAAAAGGAGGAAAAGGUGGGACAUCCAGCGAAUCAGAGAGCAGCGCAUGUUUCAGCGUUUGCAGCAGCGCAUGAACAGGAAGAAAGUCGUCGCGGAGACGGAGCCGGAGCUUUCGUCCUUCUAUCCCGACACUGAAGAUGUUGAGACUAUAGUGAUCACUCCCUUCUUGCCUGUGGUGGCAUUCGGCCGGCCGCUGCCCAAACUUUCCCAACAGAACUUCGAGCUGCCUUGGCUGGACGACCGAAGCCGAUGUCGCAUCGAGGUGCCCAAAAAACACACCCCUCACCGGACCUGUCGGAAGUGAAACCCACGUGGCGUUAACAGCAGAGAGAUGACUCCUCCGAGUCUCAGUGUGUCACCACAGAUCAGCUGAUCUCCUGCAGAAUAUCGAGAAAAAGGAUGGGGGAUAGCUGCGCCGGUGGGUGUCUGUGAUGUUUUUGGUCUCAUUUACACUUCUGGAAGGGAGAUUUAAAAAAAAAAAAAUUACAAGAUUACAGUCUCCACGUUAGCAGCUGUUGGAAGACGACAGUUUGUGUUCUUAAAGAAAAACAAAAAACAGUUAUGUGCACGUUCUGUAACAUGUUUAAAAAUACAUUUUGUAGCAACUGUUCCAUCCAGAAAAUUGAUUUUUAUCACACAAGAGUGAAGAUUCUGUCACGUUUUAUGCAUAAAUCAGCUGACGGGAGGAAUCGGGGAUCUAUAAUCUCGGGUGAUUUCAUGUGGUCGGGGACAAACGAGCUCGAACCAACUAAGUUUGUGUUCUGGGUAGGCGUACCACACUCAGAAUGUUCAAAAUCUGGCUGUGUCGUGCUGUGUAUUGCCUAUAUUGUUCGCACAGAACUUCAAAUAAGAUUUUAUCGAUGUUUCGUGUGAUAUCGGGCAUGAUUUCAUUACAGAAAUAAUCCAGAAAAAAUGAAGAAAAGCAACCAAACCAUUGAGAAUUCGACAGGUGGUGAUACCCAGUGUUCUGUCCCCCGUUUUGUUUCUAUUAGUUUAUUUUUCUUUGUUUCUUUUUAUGUGAGUGCAUGGACUCUAUUUAGCUGUUUCAAAAAAAAAAUAAAAGAUUGGUAGCAUGGCUUAAGAAUAAUCUCCCCUCAUCGGGCUACAAAGUUACAAACUCUUGUUCUUGAAAGCAUGACUUACGGCUGCCCUGUUCAGUGAGAACCGCUGCGCUCAGCCUCAUCAUAAGGCGACCUGAUAAUAACAAACUACAGUCUAUGAUCUAUUUUUGUGUUUCCAAUCUUUACAAUACGCUUACAUCCAGUAAAUAUUAGGCGAGUUAUGUGUAUGCAUUGGCUCAAAGGAGCCGUUUUAGACGAUUUAAAAAGAAGCUUUCUAGCUGUAGAUCUAGCGAUGUUCACCCGUAUGCUCUUUAACAUGCUGCCGGUUAUUAAUCUCAGUUCUCAGUUGCGAUGUUUGAUUUCACCUCCUUCCUCCUCCUCCUUCCUCCUCUUCCUCCUCCUCGCUGCGUUUGCUCAAUCUGUUUUUACAUACGAUGCAAUGGCUUUCUGCAGCUUCAACACUUAAACUUUCAGCUGCCAGGCGUACGUGAAGGCAGAUUUUUGGAAAAUACAAAAUUCUGUUUUUUUUGUUUUGUUUUUCUGUACAUAGUUUUCAGAAACAAAUGUACAUAAAACAUGGCUGUUAUUUUUUUAUUAUUUAAUGUUGAAAGUGUUGAGUACAUUCAAUAUUGUUCUAUGAUUGUAUGUUGACAAAUUGACAGUUUUGAAAAGUUAAAUUCUUUUGGAAUAAAAUUAACAUGUCUACGAA